AUGCCAGCUGAAGAAAGCUUCUGGAAGAUCGCUCCGGAAGAUGGGGCUGUCGGUGAGGUCGGGGUUUGCUGCGAAGAAGGAACGUGUGAUGCUGAGCUGGCAUGGGAAGCGAAGUGGCUCGGCACGCAGGUCUGGCCGGACCUAGCCCGGUCCAGGCGGGUCGGUAGAGGAGCAGGCAAAGGGAACCCGUACCUGAGGCUCGGAGGGACAUUGGCUGCUUCGGCUGGAGGCAAGGUCAACUGGCACGUGCCUCAGGGUAUGCUUGGCGCGGCGGAUCAUGAUGGUGACAAUAAAGGCGGUGACACUAACGAAGAUGCUGGUAUUAUCGAUGGCGAGUUAGUGUUGGAGGGAGGAGAGAGAGGUGAUAUCGUUGCUGCUCCGUUGGUAUUAUCAGCCACUGUUGCUGAUGUUAGCCGCCAGCCGUCCCGCACAAUCCACCACCUCCCCCCUCGCGACCUCCUGCGCGUUCCGCCCGGCGCGUGCGCGGCGUGCGGGGCGGACAAGGCUGGGUCCGCGGACUGCGUGCGCGCGCACUGCCACGAGGCGGACGAGGACCUGGAGGCGGAGCUGGGGCCCGCCGCGUAUCACGCCCUAGGGCUGGCGGAAAUGGGGGAGAAGGUGGCGGAGGGGUGGAGCCCCGAGGAAAUAGAGCUUUUCCUUACUAUUGUCGAACUUUACCCGCAGAGUAAGGGUCUAGACUUCUGGGGACCCCUAAAACGCGCGUUUGCGUCUGCUGGAGGGGCGGAGGGGGAGGCUGGGGGGGAGGGCGCGGGGGACCAGGGGGGGAUUCUAGCGGGGAUGGGGAUGUGCGCGGAUGGGCGGCGGAGGAGGCGCGUGCGGAGUGUGAAGGAGCUGGUGAGCUUCUAUUUCAAUGUGUUUGUGCUGAGGAGGCGAGCCCUGCAGAAUAGGAUUCUGGGCAUGGAGGCCGAUUCUGAUGAUGAUGAAACGGAAUUGGUGGUGGAAGAGGAGGAGGAGGAGGAGGAGGAGGAGGAGGAAGAGGAGGGGGAGGGGGAGGAGGGGGAGGAUGGGAGAGUGCAUGGAAAGGGGGGGGCAGAGUGGGAGGACGGGGCAGCAAACCGGGCAGGAGACGGGGAAACAACGGUGGUGAGCCGCGAGACGCCUGUGGGAGAGGAGCGAGCAGCAGGAGGGGAGCAGGCGGAUAUGCAGCUGCAGGGUAGGUCGAGAGCAGAAGAGGUGGACGCACAGCAGAUGAACCGUGACUUGAAGACGAUUCCUGGUUCAAGUGGAGAUGGGAAUCGGCCCUCGGGUCUGUUCAAAGCGCCAGCUGAUCGCCCACACAGGGUGAAGGUGAAGCGUGUGCAUGGGAAUACGUCAGCAUCACUCGUCGACACGUCAGCAGCAGCGCAGUUCCACUCGUUAAAUGAAGGUUCCAGGAAGCGUGCAAGAGAGGAAAUGGAUCUUCCAGCAGCAGCAGCAGCAUCAGCUGGAGGAACAACAAGCGAAGAUGCUGAUGCUGCAGGAUUUAACACGUUUGACAAUGCUGCUAAUCUUUCAGGCUGCUCCCCAGCCAACUCUCCUGCGCUUCCAACCACUGCUGCACUCUCAGACCCGUCCGCACUCACAUACGCAGCCGCACCUUCCCAGAAGCAGCACGUGUAUGCUCCCAGCUCACCUGGUGGUCUCAUGCACUCAGGUGCUUCUGCAGCUGCUGAUUCCUGGAUUCUCACCCACAGUCCCAGUCCCGCACACAAACCCACCUCACCAGCAGGAGGAGGAGUGAGUGGUGGGAGCAGCCUUUGCAACAGUUUCAGUGGGUGCGGCGGCAGCAGUGGGUUCGCUUCGGGUUACAGCCUAGGGCAGGAGUUUCCCAGGGAAGGAGGCGCAGUGGGGAAUGAGGUGGAUGCUGGUGUGGGGGAGAGGCGAGGGAUUGAGAGGUUAGGGAGUGAGAGCAGCAGGCAGGUGGAUGAGUGGAUGGAUGUGGACUUGGGUACAGAUGCAGAGGCAGGACGAGAAGCGCAAACAGCAGGCGCUGCUGACGUGGCUGCUGACAGCGUGGCGAAUCUCUAUGCGUGUGAUGCGAGUAGGGGAGCGGAAAACCUCAGGAUUGUACCUGCUGCUGCAUCCCUAGAGCCGGCUACACACGUCAGUGAUAUGGCAUCGGCGAAAGCAAUCGCUAGUCGCCCUGCGAUCAAAUCCGGCUCCGAUGGCGGAUUCGGGGGGGGCUGCGGCAGCUUUAGCCCCGCGGAUCGUGCAGCCAAGGCGGGGAAUCGCGCGCAGCUGGCGGCUGUGUUCCGCGCGUACGGGCGGCUGCGCGCGGCGCUGCAGCGGCGGAGAGGCGACGGCGGGGAACCGCCGGGAGCGGAUAAAGACAUCCAGGCAGCGUUCUUUGCGAUGCUUGACGCGGCUCAAGGCUGCAUCAGCGUGCGGAGGGUAGCAGCGGGCCUCAUCCCCCGCUAUGCGCGCUUCUGCCCCUCGGGAUUGCCGGACGCGGCACAGACGCUCAUGCAGCUCGCGGAUUGGUGCGUGGCGGAGCUGCUGCAGCGCCAGGGGGAAGCGGGGGGAGUGGGGGAGGGGGAAGCGGAGGGGGGGAGAGGCGCGCAGGGGGAAGCAGGGGACGGGAGAGGCGCACAGGGGGAAGGGGCGGAGGGAAAGUCCGAGCAGUGGGAAAGGGGGGUGCAGGGGCAGCAGGGGGAGUCAGGGGCGCGUGAGAAAGCAGGUGGAGGGGAAGCAGGAGGAGGAGCAGCAAAGGAAGAAGAAGGGUCGGGUAUGGAACAAGGCCCUGGCGAUUCCACGACUGCCGCCUCUGCAGAGGCAUCAACAGAAUCAGCAGCAGCAGCAGCAGCAGCAGCAGCAGCAGCAGCAGCAGCAGCAGCAGCAGCAGCUGAGCGCCCUGUACCUGGUGGUACCAACAAAGCAGCAUGUCGCCGCAAUCUCGGCCCGCCGCCCGACGACACCAAGGUAAUCAUGGCGACGGUGCGGUCGGCGUUCCUCGGCCUGGCGUCCAUCCUGGCUGUAGCGGCGGCUGCAGCGUCUGCUACAGCCCCCUCCUCGCGCACGUCUGCUCCGGCGUACCUCUCCUCUGCUGUGUCUCGGGAUGUGGCCCGGCCUUUAACAGGAGAUGGAGCGGUAUCAGCAGCAGCGUUGGCUGAGGGCAAACGGGGAAUUUCUCCUGACGGUGGCUCGUUGUACGAUGCAGAAAGGAACAGAACUGGAGGUAGCAGCACCGCAGUAGGGUUACCACCAGACUCAGGCUCGGAGGACGGAAGCCUGGAGCUGACCGCAGGUCCGGAGCUAGCCUCGGUUAAGCAGAUCGUGGCAGCGGCGGUGGUUCGGGCGAUGCAGUUACAGCCAGAGGCGAUGCUGGGAGCGGCGAUAGAGCAGGCAAGGACGGGGGGGUGUGGAGGGGUGGGGAGGGGUGGUGGUGAGAGGCAGAGGGGUAAGCAGGCGAUCUCGUUUCUUCUGCAGGUGACUGCUGCUCGGGAGGUGGUGGGAGGGGAGGGGGAGUGGGAGAGUAAAGAAGGCAGGAGGAAGGGUAAGAGGGCAAAGGUUAGUGAGAAAGAGAAGGAGAAAGAGAAGGAGGAGAAGGGAAAGGAAGAAGGGGGGGAUGAAGGGAUGGAGAUGAAGGAAGGGGACGAGAAAGACGAUGAGGGUAAGGGAGGAGAGGAGGGAGGAGAGAGAGGGGCAGCAGCAGCAGCAGCAGCAGCAUUAGCAGCGGGUGAAAGUGAGAAGGAGGCUCGUGAUGGUGAUGGUGACAAAGGCGAUGAGGUGAGUGGUCUGAGGAAGGAGAAGAUAGGAAAAGCAGAGGAGGAGGAGAAAGUGGAGGAAGAGGCAGAGGGGAGUGCAUCAAAGAUGGUUUUUAAGGAAGAGAAGGAAGACUUGAAGGAGGCUAGGGGGGGCAGUGAAGGGAGGGAGGACAGGGAGGGCAGGGAGGACAGGGAGGGCAGGGAAGAAAAGGAGGGGAGAGAGGAGUUCGGGCUACAAGGAGAGACGGGCAAGGAGGAGAGUGCGAGGAGCAAGAGGAAGAGAGCGCAGGAGGAGCAGUCAAGCAUGGCAUUCCACGCCUUGGAUGGACGUCCGGAGUCGCUUCGGUGGCUAGCUGCGGUGCUGCAGCAGGUUCGGCGGAGUGGCUCGGCAGCGAUAGACUCCCUUGGGGAUGCCUGGAACCCGCUCCAGACUCUGCUAGGGGCGCCUGUCCCGGUGGAGGGCGUAUCUGGGGAAGGUCACAGGACGGUUCUGCGGUCCCUGUUUGAGAAAUUCGGGCCCGUGGAUGAGGUGGUGGUGGUGGCGGGCAGCGGGGCUGUGAGGGCGAGGGAGGGGCUGAAUGGGGUGGUGCUGUGGGGGAGAAGGCUGCACGUGCGCUUUGGGGAUGGACCGGGGGGGCUGUUACCUGGUGCAGGUAUACCUGGUGGGGGAGGGCUGAUGUUGGCACGAGAGCGAGGAGGAGGAGAGAUAGGGAUGGAUGGGAGGGAUCGGGAUCGAGACAGCCUGCGGGAGCUAGGGUAUAGAGAGGGUGGCAUGAGGCAAACUGGGUUCUCUCCCAGUCUCACCGGCUCGCCUCUUGGUCUUGUUACCAGUAACCGGAGGGCGUUGGGGUUACCUAUAGGUGCAGCUGCUGCUGCUGCCGCCGCCGCUGCUGCUGCUGGCAGGGGCUUAGGGUUAGGGUUUUUGGGAGCGCAUUUGGGGGGGUUUGGAGGGGUGGGGGGGGGAAUAGGGGGAGAGAGAGGGGUGGAGAUGGGUCGAGCAGGUACGCCUCCUCUUCCUCUGCCUCCUGCUGCGACUGCUAGCGGGAGUUCUGAGGCUCUGCCGCCUGCUUCUCGGCUGCAUGUGUGGGUGGGCGGCGUGAACAGUGCGAGCGCCAAGGAGAGCCUGCUGCAGCGGCUGGCAUCUGCCAGAGUCCCGCCGCCCGCCCAUGUGUCGGUCCUAGUCAGCGCCAGCGCACUGCUCCUGGAAUUCAGGAGGCAGGAGGACGCUAACAUGGCGCUGAUGUUCUUAAAACGAGGGGUGGUGCCAGUGCCAGCGGCAGCAGCAGGGGGAGGGGCAGCAGGGGGAGGAGGAGAGGGGGAUGGGGGAGGAGAGAGUGGGUAUGUCCGUGGUGCGACCCCUGCUGGUUCUGCUUCAGCUGAUGGUCGUGUUGCUGGUGAUGCUGGUGGAGAUAGUGGGCUAGCAGGGGGAUUCAGAAGAGGGGGGAGUAAAGAGAGAGCGGCAGCAGCAGCCAACACCCCCGGCGCGCAGGCUGUAGCGGCGGCAGCAGCCGCCGCGUCAGGGAUGACGUCAGCGCUGGUGGUGGGCGGCCCGUCUGCCGCCCGGCACCUGUGGGUGGGGAAGAUCGAUCCGACGGUCCCCGAGCACGAGAUUCUGUCGGCGUUUGCACAGUACGGCGAGAUCGCCAGCUGGCGCUUUGUGAAGCCGCCAGGUCAGCAAGAGGGAGGAGCGGGAGCAGGCGGAUCUGGAGCAGGGCCAGCUGGAACAGCAGCAGCAGCUGCUGCUGCUGCUGCUGCUGCUGGCAGUGGUUUCAGUGGUGGGGAGAGUGAAGGGGGAGGGAGCACGGGAGCAGGAGGGGCGGCAGACGGAGUGAAGGGUCAGUCUGGAGGUGCUUCGCUCGUGUCGGCGUUUAUUGAUUUCCGGUCGGCAGAGUCGGCUAUUUUGGCACGGUCCCGACUCAACGGGGCACGAUACGGCUGCUCCAACAUCCAGUCAGUCAGUGUGUUGCAUUUUGAGCGGAGUCUGUGGAGUUCAAGCAUGCAGCAUUACGAGCAGAGCAGCUCCCUCCUCCCACUGCAUCUCCCUGUCCCCACUGCUGUUGCCCUUCUCCCUUUCUUGUCCUUUUUGAGACAUGGAGUUCAAGCAUGCAGCAUCACGAGCUGCACCCUCCCCCCACCCCGCCUGCUCCCUCUCCCACCUGCACCACCUGCACGCCCUCUCCUCCCCGCCUCAUGCUCCUCUUCCCCACUCCCUUUCCCCCUUUCACCCCCCAUCGUCCACCAGGUGGAGUUCAAGCAUGCAGCAUUACGAGCUGCACCCUCCCCCCAACACGCCUCUCACCUGCAUCACCUGCACGCCCUCUCCCCAGCAGCUCGCCUCAUGCCCCUAUUUUCCCCGCUCUUCCCACCAAGUGGAGUGGAAUUCAAGCAUGCGGCAUCACGAGCAGCACCCUCCCCCCAACACGCCUCUCUCUCCCACCUGCACCACCUGCACGCCCUCUCCCCCGCAGCUCGCCUCAUGCCCCUCGCCUUCCUCCCCAUCCCAGGCCUCCCCUCCCGCCUCCCCUUCACCCCCACUGCUGCCCACACUCUCGCCGCCCAGUCUGCCGCCGCCCACACCCUUGCCGCCCAGUCCGCUGCCAGCCUCAGGUUCCUCCGAAGCAUGGGCGCAGGCUUGGGCGGAGGCUUGGGCGCAGGCUCGGUGCCGGGCCUGGGUGCCGGUGGGAUAGGUUCGGGAGGCGGGCUGGUGGGGGUAGGUGAGGGUGGGGUGAGAGAGAGGGACCAUGAUGGGGGGGCUGCAGGGGCAGCAGGUGCGGCAGGAGCAGCAGCAGGUGCGGGCACAGGUUUGGCAGCAGGCUCGGCAGGAAUAGGAGGAGCUGGGGCUGGAUCAGGAGGAGCGGGAGGAGCAGGAGUAGGAGCGGGAGCAGGAGCAGGAGUGGUGUACGGAACAGGAGGGAAGGAGCGGGUACCCACUAGCACUCUCUGGAUGGGCAUAUCAGAGCAGGCAAUCUCAACCCACUCCGCCGCCAGUGCAGCAGCAGCCAUGGCUGCGUUCAGCCUGUCUGAAUCCGAGUUACAGGGGAUUUUCACGGCUGCUGCGGCGGGCAGGGGGUAUGUGACGCGCGUGCGGAGUGCGAGAUCCAUGAGGGGCCCGUGCCGGUUCAUCGAGUUUGACCGAGUCGAGGCGGCUGCUACUGCGCUGAGGAACAUUGUGGCUUCGGAGAGAUUUGAUUCUGCAGUCCAAGUGCAGUUCAGGGGCAGAGGGGCAGGUGUAGGUACAGGUGUAACGCCAGAUGUAACAGCAGGUGUAACGGCAGGUGUAACGGCAGAUGUAACAGCAGGUGUUAUGACAGGUGCAGGGGCAGCGGACGGAGGAGGGGCCAGUUUUGAGAUAUCUCGGAAGUGGGAUAGUGCACGGGUGGGAGAUGACUUUGCGGGCGGGAUGGGCACAGCAGACUCAACAGACAGGGCAGGCUUGUUGGGGGCUGCAGGGGAAGGAGAGGAGAGAGGAGAAAGAGGAGGGGGUGGAAGGGCAGGAGAAGGGGGAGCGGUUGCAGCGGGUGGUGCAGUGGGUGGUGCUGCUGCUCCCUCUGUGGGUAUGGGUAUGGGUAUGGGUAUGGGUAUGGGUAUGGGUAUGGAGGGUAUGGGAGGACAAGAGGGUAUGGGGGCACAGGAGGGCAUGGGGGCAGCACAGGAGGAAACAGACAUGGAUUUUGAUGAUGACGAUGGUGCCACUAUCAAGCACAUGUCUCAGAUCAGAGGCAGCCGCUACGACCCCGCGCUCACAGCAGGCCAGCACGAGCCACUCGGGUGGCCUGAUAAGUUGGAUGUGACAAAGCGGGCAGAUUUCCGGGCAGUGCGAAACACUUUCAAUGCCUGCCCCAGCUCUCGGAGGGAGGUGUGCCUUCUCGUCCCGCUGCCCUCCUCAUCCUCUGCUGCUCGCCCAACCGACGCGGCUGGCCCAUCCUCUGGGGACUAUCUGCGGCAGAAGAAGCUUCGUCUCAUUCGUCUCCUCGUCCUCUCCCGUCCUCCCCUUGCCCCCCUCUUCACAUGCCCACAGUUCACGCGCAUGGUGGACUAUUUGCGACAGAAGGAGCGUGCAGGGGUGGUGAAGAUCCCUCCGGCCAAUGGCGUGUGGCCACGUAUGCUCUACGUGCUGCCGUGGUCCCGGGAGAUGUGUGAGCUGCUGGGGGUCACUACCGACUCCCCUGACUGCCUGCUCGGUCUCAUACUCCCAGCUGUGCCGCUCCCCGCCCACUGA